UCCAGCAUCAAAGAUGGCGGGAGCCUCCGACCCACUGGAGGACAUGCUCUUCACUGAGGUGGAUGAGAAAGCAGUCAGCGACCUGGUGGGCUCUCUGGAGUCCCAGCUGGGCGACAGGAAACCUCCCGCCGCUUCUUAUUCCGACGGGAAACGGGACGGAGCUCCGCCGCCCGCCACUCACUUCUCAGGGAAAGUGCGCGAUCAGCCGGGGUCCGCGGAGCCGCAACAAGGGCAUCCGAGAGCGGGGUUAAAGCCGGAACCCGAGCCGCUCGCCUCCUCUACCUCCUCUGUGGUCGCUGGGGCCGCGACUCCCGCCGGAGCUCCCGCUGCCGCGCUCUCCCCGGUACCGGGACCCGUAACUUUGAACGCUCAGCCCGCCGCCGCUAGCUUCCACCGGGCGGCGGUCCUGGGUCCGAGCGCGGCUCCCGCAGCGGAGGCGAUCCGGACCGCGUCCCCCGGGCUGCAGAGUUUGAACGGCGGCGCCGUAAAGUUGGUGAACUCGGCCGCGGUGCCUCCUCCAGCCGGGGGGGUGAUCAGUGCUGUCAGCGCCGCGGGCUCCACCAUCAUCGCCCCCAUGGCUUCACAGCCCGCCGGGACCCUGCACAGGCACCCCAGCCCGGUGGCCAGCGUGGCCCAGAACGGAGUGGACCCUAAAGGAGCCCAGCUGGGGUCCCAGGUUGCCCCUGCCGCUGCAGUCUCCAGCCCUCAGGUCGUGAACCACAGCACCCCUCUGAUGCACGCCAAGAUGCUGGUGUCCAGCCAGCCGGUCUCUGGAAACUCAGUGAUCCUGACCGGGACCCCUCCGCCCGCCGCAGCCCAGUCCCCCAUCAGCCAGACCGGGACCGGUGCCACCGCUGUGACCCUGAAGCCUGCGGUGAACGGGGUGGGCCAGGCUGCUGUGGCUGUGGUGAAACCGCCGGGUCCCCCCGUGGUGGCCACCUCCAUCCAGCAGCAGAGACCCGGGCUGGUGGCGAGCUCCCCCAGAGCGGCGGCUCCUCAGCUGGCUGUCCGGCCUCAGCAGCAGACCACCAUCCAGCUGCCCCCCGGCUUCUCCAUGCCCCCCGGUAUGGUCCUGGUCCGGACGGAGACGGGUCAGCUGGUGAUGGUCCCUCAGCAGGUUCUGGCUCAGGCUCAGGCCAAGACGCAGCAGGGUCAGACGGUCGCCAACAUCACCCAGAGACCCGCCACGCCGACAGCCGGGACCGCCAUCCGGGUCAGCACCGCCACCACGGCUCCGACCGUCCGCCUGGCCGCCCCCGCUCAGACCAGAAUGGUUCAGUCUCCCUCCACCACCAGCGUACAGAAGACCAUCUCUGUGUCGCCGGCGGCCGUGUCGGUGAAGAUGGCCCCCCCUCAGAAGGCCCAGACGGUGAUCACGGCGGGGGGGACGCCUGUGGCCAAACCUGCCGGCGUCCCGUCCGCUCCCCUGACCAGCACGCCGCCCGCCCCCGCCGCCACGCCGCCCGCCAGAGUCACCGUGGUGUCCCAGGAAAUGCAGGAAAACGUGAAGAAGUGUAAGAACUUCCUCGCCACGUUGAUCAAACUGGCGUCCCACAACUCGCCCUCCCCAGAUACCUCCAAGAAUGUGAAGGCCCUGGUGCAGGACCUGCUCGAUGCAAAGAUUGAGCCUGAGGAGUUCACCACUCGGCUGCAGGCUGAGCUGAAGUCCUCCCCACAGCCCUACCUCAUCCCCUUCCUCAAGAAAAGUCUCCCCGCUCUGCGUCAGUCUCUCCUCAGCAGCCAGCAGUCCCUGGUGACCCCCAGCACCUCGGCGCCGCCCCCGCCCGCCCCCGGCGCCGUCACCACCACCGCCAUCAGGCCGCGACUCCCCAUCAGUCCGGCCGGCGCCGUCAGACUCAACGCUCCCAUCACAAACACUCUGGCUGUGGGCAGAGUGGGAGUUCAGACCGUUCAGACUCGUUCACCUGUCGUCUUCAGUCAGACUCUCAGACCUCCAGGUGCACUUGUUCGAGGACCCACAACUAUAAUUGGUAAAAGUCCAAUGAACCUUGCAGCUCAAGCCAAUCAGAGGAAACUGAGUGACCCGGGGGGCGGGACAUUCAGAGAUGACGAUGACAUCAACGACGUGGCGUCCAUGGCCGGCGUCAACCUGAACGAGGAAAAUGCCCGUAUCCUAGCAACCAGCUCCGAGCUGGUGGGCACAAAGAUCCGGUCCUGUAAAGACGAGAACUUCCUGCCCAGCGGCCCGCUGCACCGACGCAUCCUCGAAACAGCUAAGAAGCUGGGAGUGAGUGAGAUCCCUCUGGAGGUGGUGAACCUGGUCUCUCACGCCACUCAGUCCAGACUGCGCUCGCUGCUGGAGAAGGUCUCCGCCGUCGCUCAACACCGCACAGACGGAGGGAAGGACGAGGAGCACCACGAGCAGACGUCAGACGUUCGAUCUCAGCUGCGUUUCUUUGAGCAGCUGGAGAGAAUGGAGAAACAGAGAAAAGACGAACAGGAGAGAGAGAUCCUGCUGAAGGCUGCCAAGAGUCGUGCUCGACAAGAAGAUCCUGAACAGGCUCGUCUGAAGCAGAAAGCUAAAGAGAUGCAGCAGCAGGAGUUGGCUCAGAUGAGACAACGAGACGCCAACCUCACCGCUCUCGCCGCCAUCGGGCCACGCAAGAAACGCAAGCUGGACUCACCGGGGGGAGCGGGGUCCGGCUCAGAGGUGGCUUCCGGCUCGGGUGCGGGCUCCUCGGCGGCGACCUCAUCCCGCCAGCAGCUGCGUCAGCGGAUCACACGAGUUAACCUCAGGGACUUCAUCUUGUGUCUGGAGCAGGAGCGCUCCACGGCUCGCUCUCUGCUGCUCUACAAGGCGCUGCUCAAAUAAGGAGGAGCACAAACUGGACACCACCUCCUCCUCUUCCUCUCUCUCCUGUCCUCGUGUCCUUAGAGGGGUUUUUUAUAGUCACAAGUCCUCCGUCGGUCAUCUUUAACCUUCAGUUUGUCAGUUUCAGACUGCACUUUACUCUUCAGCUCCUGUUUGUUAAAGAAUCACUCCUGUAGAGUCCCGGUCACACCAGCAGGGGGAGCAGUGAAAUUAUUCUGCAUGACGUUACAAAAUAUAUGGUUCUGGUCUGAAAUUACCUUUAAAUGAAUUUAGAUACCGAAUCAAACCUACAUAAGCCCUGAGAGGCGUCACAAAAUGCAUCACCAGAAUUAUUUUUCUCACUAUUUCUCUCUCUGGGCUUCUGUAGAAACACAAACGGAUAUCUAUUAUAAAACGAACAGAAUACAUCUUUUUUUUUUUUUAUUUCAUUUGAACAAAACUGUCAGCAACGGCUUCUGUUGUUCUUCUGUCAGAAGUUCCAGCUCUUCGACUUAAAUUAGGUAAAAUUUUGGUUUUAAAUGUAUAUAAUUUCACUGUUUUAGCUUCUGGUGUGACCGGACUUUAACUCUGCAGAAUGAAGAAAUAUCCUCUCUCUUUAAUUUCACACAUUCUUCUUCACUGUGUGAACCAGACACCCACAGUACCCAGAGUCCACCUCUCCCUCUGACAGCUGUGUUCAUCUGUCAGCCCAGUCUAUAAUGCCACACCUCCACGUUUUUAUACUUCAAACUUCUUCAUCCAACACUGAACAUGCAGUAGAACUCAAAUACCUGGAAACACCUGAAAGAAAAAACAUCCGGAGACUCCUGGAGGUGGAGUUUUAAUCAGUUGGAGAGAAGGUGUGCAGGUCUGAAACUGGACUCUGUACCUGAACAGGUGCCUUCAGAGUCUCAUCCGUCUGCAGCCCUCUCAGGACGCUGGGUGCCACGGGCUCUUCAGUUUCGCUUUUUAAAGGUAUCUGAGCGCGCUCAAACCGCUCCCACGUCAUGUUUGCAUUUUAGAAUCAUGAGUUUUAUUCAAAACGUCACAUCGUCACCAUGAGAAAACUGUUGAAUGCAACGAACGUGAAACAGCUGGCAGAUCAUUUUAAUGUGUGUGUGUGUGUGUGUGUAUCGGUGUGUGUGUGUGAGUGAGUGUGUGUUCAUCAUGCUGAUCGCAGUGAGAGCUGACCGAUUUCAAAUGUUAAAGAAAAAGUUCAACAUUUUAUUUAAUCCUCUUCUUCUGGUUAAUUCAGCUGAGCGUAACGCCUGAAAACGGAUGGAAACAGUUAGCUUAGCUCAGCAUAAAGACUGGAAACAGAUGGAAACAGUUAGCUUAGCAUAUAGCCUGGAAACAGGUGGAGACAGUUUGCUUAGCAUAAAGACUGGAAACAUGGGGAGACAGUUAGCUUAGCAUAAAGACUUGAAACAUGUGGAGACAGUUGGCUUAGCAUAAAGACUGGAAACAGAUGGAAACAGUUGGCUUAGCUUAGCAUAAUACCUGGAAACAGUUAGCUUAGCUCAGCAUAAAACCUGGAAAUGGGUAGAAAGUUGGCUUAGCUUAGCAUAAUGCCUGGAAACAGUUAGCUUAGCUCAGCAUAAAGCCUGGAAACAGGUAGACAGUUGGCUUAGCUUAGCAUAAAGACUGGAAACAGAUGGAAACAGUUAGCUUAGCUAGGCAUAAAGACUGGACACAGUUAGCUUAGCUAGGCAUAAAGACUGGAAACAGAUGGAGACAGUUGCCUUAGCAUAACGCCUGGAAACAGAUUGAAACAGUUGGCGUAGCUUAGCAUAAAGCCUGGAAUCAGAUGAAGAAGCUAGCUUAGCAUGAAGACUGAAACAAGUGGAAAACGUUAGCCUGUCUUUGUCAACCAGCAGCUCUGCUAAAUCUGAUUAAUUCUUCACUUUCCUGUUUCAACAAGCAGUUUCAAAGAUUAUUUUGGAUUAUUUUUCCCUGAUGGAAGCGUUCAUCACACAUGACUCAUUCAAGGUUCGUGUUGGGUUUUUUCUAUUUGCGAUAAAUGAUUCAGACCCGCUGGCAGGUUUUUGGUUUAGAUUACACCAUUAAUCACAUGUAUGAUGUCUCAUUUGAAAGAUAGAAGCUUCUUAUUUCAGAAAAUGUACGCGUUUAGCAUAAAACAUGACCAGAAGUGAAUCUCUGUCUUCUUUGGUUGAACCAUUAAAGAGGUUAAAUUUCAAAGAUAAUAUGAUAUAAAACACAGAAAAGUGGGAAAUCUCUACAUUUGAGAGGAUAAAAACAAUAUUUACUGAUCAUUUUUUGCGUGAAAAGUUUCUUUAACUAUGAAUCCGUUAAUACAAGAAUCGUCUGUUUCCUGCUGCAGCUCUGAUGGUCAGCUAUUGAUAGAUCUGAUUCAAGGUCAUAAUCAUGUUUAAUAAAAAUGGUCAAUUGUAGUUUCCACAAGUUGAUUUUUGUACAAAUUGAUAAAACGAUGAGGUAGGUAGUCGGUGAGUUCAGUAUCUGCUGAGGUGGAUUUAUUUUCCUUCCGUUUCCUGUCUGACGGUGCAUUCAGGUGCUCUUUUGGUGAAUACAGUACUUGAACUGUGAAGUCGUUCAUCUGUCGGUGUGUUCAGGAGCCUUAAGUCGAGAUGUGGAAACAACUUAGACGCUGUCUAUUGUUCAGAGUGUGUGAGGUCAUGAACCAAAUUUUUCUGACUUUUUCAUGUGAAUUUUCUCAGUCAGGAGCUUUUUUUCUGAUUAUUCUGACCAGCACCUGAACCCAGAGUUUGUUAUCCCUGUUUUCAGUCUUAAUGCAAAGCUAACAGCAUAUUAAAACAUUAAAAGUGAGUGAAAGAGAAGAAGGUUUCACAGAAUGUUGAACAGUUUCUGCUGAUGGCAGGGAGCUGGUACUCCUGCACACGCUGAGAAAUCCUGGCGGCUAAUGGACAUCAAACAUUCCUGCAGUUCCCUCUUCAUCCUCUUCAUCCUCCUUGUCCUCCUUGUCCUCUUCGUCCAGCCUGACGUGUGAUGUCACUCUGAAACAUGAGACGUGUUGAUGAGUUGUUGAAUCUGCAGUUUGGCUUCUCGGUUUGCUGUUGGGAGUUUUUAAGAAGACUUUUUUUUUUUGGAGAUGUGUGUAAAUUGAAGGUUUUUAAUGCUUUAAGUGUUUCCCCUCGUAUCGGGCAUUUGGUCUGUAGAGUCCUCGGAGCUCCGAACAUCAUCUGUUGGAAGGACACAAUUUUUGCGACUAUUUAUAUUUCCUACAUUCUGUAUUCAAACCUGACGCAUUUCAGGCAAUGCAAUUUUACAGUUGUUUGUACCUUUGCAAAAAAAAUUAAAUAAAGAAAAUGAUAAAGAA